CCUCGCCUGGUGUCACAGCGCGCUGCGCCGGCGGCGGAGCCAGAAGCGCGCUCGGCGGGGCGCUCGGCGCAAAGCAGGCGGGCGGCGAUCGGGGGGAAAGGAGUGGCUGCGGCGGCUGCGGCGGCGCUCUCGGUUCCUGCUCCGGCAAGGCUGGAGCCGGGAAGGAUUGGCGGACGAUGUGCCCGGCGGCGGCGGGGCACAGAGGUGCCCGGCGGCGGCGGUUACUGCUGUUACUGCUGCUGGCGGCGCUGGAGGCGGCGGGCGCUUUCGGCGACGAAGAGGAGCGCCGCUGCGAUGCCAUCCGCAUCUCCAUGUGCCAGAACCUGGGCUACAACGUCACCAAGAUGCCCAACCUGGUGGGCAGCCAGUUCCAGACCGACGCCGAGCUCCAGCUGACCACGUUCACCCCGCUCAUCCAGUACGGCUGCUCCAGCCAGCUGCAGUUCUUCCUGUGCUCCGUCUAUGUCCCCAUGUGCACCGAGCAAAUCAACAUCCCGAUCGGCCCCUGCAGCGGCAUGUGCCUCUCCGUCAAAAGGCGAUGCGAGCCGGUCCUGAAAGAAUUUGGCUUCUCCUGGCCAGAAAACCUGAACUGCAGCAAAUUCCCACCACACAACGACCACAAUCACAUGUGCAUGGAGGGGCCGGGAGACGAAGACGUCCCCCUUCACAGCAAGGCCCCCUUGCACCCCGGCGAGGAAUGCCAGAGCGUCGGGUCAAACUCGGACCAGUACAUUUGGGUCCGGAGAAGCUUGACGUGCGUCCUCAAGUGUGGCUACGACGCUGGCCUCUACAGCCGGUCCGCCAAGGCAUUCACCGACAUCUGGAUGGCCGUGUGGGCGAGCCUGUGUUUCAUUUCCACCGCCUUCACAGUCUUGACCUUCCUGAUUGAUUCCACUCGGUUUUCCUAUCCGGAGCGGCCCAUCAUAUUCCUGAGCAUGUGCUACAAUAUUUAUAGCAUCGCUUAUAUUGUCCGGCUGACCGUAGGCCGAGAAAGGAUUUCCUGUGACUUCGACGAAGCCGUAGAACCUGUUCUCAUCCAGGAGGGGCUGAAGAACACCGGAUGCGCCAUCAUUUUUUUGCUGAUGUACUUUUUCGGCAUGGCCAGCUCCAUCUGGUGGGUGAUCCUCACCCUCACGUGGUUCCUGGCCGCCGGGCUCAAGUGGGGCCACGAGGCCAUCGAGAUGCACAGCUCGUAUUUCCACAUUGCCGCCUGGGCUAUCCCCGCCGUGAAGACCAUCGUCAUCCUGAUCAUGAGGUUGGUUGACGCCGACGAGCUGACGGGACUGUGCUACGUGGGCAACCAGAACCUCGACGCCUUGACUGGCUUUGUGGUGGCCCCCCUUUUCACCUACUUGGUCAUCGGCACCCUCUUCAUCGCGGCUGGCUUGGUGGCUUUGUUUAAGAUCCGGUCCAACCUCCAAAAGGACGGGACCAAAACGGACAAGCUGGAGAGGUUGAUGGUGAAGAUUGGCGUGUUCUCCGUGCUUUACACAGUGCCGGCAACUUGCGUCAUUGCCUGUUACUUUUAUGAGAUCUCCAACUGGGGAAUCUUCCGCUACUCUGCGGACGCCUCCAACAUGGCUGUGGAGAUGCUCAAGAUUUUCAUGUCCCUGCUUGUAGGCAUCACGUCUGGCAUGUGGAUUUGGUCGGCCAAGACGCUACACACUUGGCAAAAGUGCUCCAAUAGACUGGUGAAUUCGGGGAGGGUAAAGCGGGGAGCGAAAAGGGCGGCGGACGGGUGGAUGAAGCCCGGGAAAGGGAACGAGACAGUGGUAUAAAGAAAGGACAGGGACCAACAAAUUCUAUUUCCUUCACCUCCCCAGUGCAGGAGGAGCUGGCGGGAUAGCAGCACCUGGAGAAGGAGCGUUGGAACGAAUCCUUUAUUGAGAAAUAUUUGAGUUUUUGCAGAAUUUUGAAGGAGGAGAGGAGAGCAGCAAGGGAAUUCAAUCACGCUGGGGGAGGGGGAGGCUUCACGAAGUUGUGAAGAUAAAGGGCAGAGGUGUCUAUCAACAAGCAGUGGUUUUAGGAUUUGUGGGCCUCCUGAUAACGCACAAUGUGCCUUCUCUCACUCCCUUCCUUCUUCCCCUUAUCCCGUUCUGACUCACAUCAAUCACUGUCU